AGCAGAAAGCUGGAGAAAGAUGAUUUCAAUGUUGUUUCCGCGGUCGCCUUUGUGCACAGCAGCCAUAGUAUUCUACACAUGUGUGUGCAUUCCCUUAGGGAGGUUGAAGAAGAAUGGUGGAGAUGCGGAAGCGCAUGAUGAUGACGGUUACCCUCUAGUGGGAGUGAUGUUUGGGGACAACGAAAAGGAGGAGGAAAUUUGCUGCCCCAUAUGCCUGGCGGAGUUUGAGGCUGAGGAUGCGGUGACCCGUCUUCCCAGAUGCGCUCAUCUCUUCCACAUCAAUUGCAUAGAACCUUGGCUUCUCCGUGGCCAUCUCACGUGCCCUCUCUGCAGAUCAUUUGUAUUGGCUCCAACUCCUCCUACGCGCAAUGUCAAUAAUGUCCACUCCUCUUCCACCUUCAAAGCAGAGAGCUCCCUUCUCCACGGCGAGGAGGAAGGAAGAAGAAAGCCAGAGAGAGAGAGAGAGAUAGAUAGCGAGAGUUCGCAGCUUCCCCUCCGACCAUUUGACUGCUACUGUGACUACAACACACCGUUGAUCCUACAAAAAGAGGGAAUGGAUACUGGCGGCAAUUCGCUGGCGUCCGGACCUGAUGGUGUGAAGAGGAAAGUUUGUUAUUUCUAUGACCCUGAGGUCGGCAAUUACUACUAUGGCCAAGGUCACCCCAUGAAGCCCCAUCGCAUCCGCAUGACCCAUGCCCUUCUCGCUCACUACGGUCUCCUUCAGCAUAUGCAGGUUCUCAAGCCCUUCCCUGCCCGCGACCGUGAUCUCUGCCGCUUCCACGCCGACGACUACGUCUCCUUUCUCCGCAGCAUUACCCCUGAAACCCAGCAAGAUCAGAUUCGCCAACUCAAGCGCUUCAAUGUUGGUGAAGACUGUCCCGUCUUUGACGGCCUUUAUUCCUUUUGCCAGACCUAUGCUGGGGGCUCUGUUGGUGGCUCUGUCAAGCUUAACCACGGCCUCUGCGAUAUUGCCAUCAACUGGGCUGGUGGUCUCCAUCACGCUAAGAAGUGCGAGGCCUCUGGCUUCUGUUACGUCAAUGAUAUCGUCUUAGCUAUCCUAGAGCUCCUUAAGCAGCAUGAGCGUGUUCUUUAUGUCGAUAUUGAUAUCCACCACGGGGAUGGAGUGGAGGAGGCAUUUUAUGCUACUGACAGGGUUAUGACUGUCUCGUUCCAUAAAUUUGGUGAUUACUUUCCCGGUACAGGUCACAUACAGGAUAUAGGUUAUGGUAACGGAAAGUACUAUUCUCUCAAUGUACCACUGGAUGAUGGAAUUGAUGAUGAGAGCUAUCAUCUGUUAUUCAAGCCCAUCAUGGGGAAAGUUAUGGAAGUUUUCCGACCAGGGGCUGUGGUAUUGCAGUGCGGUGCUGAUUCAUUGUCUGGUGAUAGGUUGGGGUGCUUUAAUCUUUCGAUCAAAGGUCAUGCUGAGUGCGUAAAGUUUAUGAGAUCGUUCAAUGUUCCCCUACUGCUCUUGGGUGGUGGUGGUUACACCAUCCGCAAUGUUGCCCGUUGCUGGUGCUACGAGACUGGAGUUGCACUUGGUGUUGAAGUUGAAGAUAAGAUGCCGGAGCAUGAAUAUUAUGAAUAUUUUGGUCCAGACUAUACACUUCACGUUGCUCCAAGUAACAUGGAAAAUAAGAAUUCUCGUCAGAUGCUUGAAGAGAUUCGCAAUGACCUUCUCCACAAUCUCUCUAAGCUGCAGCAUGCUCCAAGUGUGCCAUUCCAGGAAAGACCACCAGAUACAGAGGCUCCCGAGGUUGAUGAAGACCAAGAAGAUGGAGAUAAAAGAUGGGAUCCGGAUUCAGACAUGGAUGUAGAUGAUGACCGUAAACCUAUACCAAGCAGAGUAAAAAGAGAAGCUGUUGAACCAGAUACAAAGGACAAGUUCGUGCAGGAUGGACUGAAAGGAGUUAUGGAGCGUGGCAAAGGUUGUGAGGUGGGGAUGGAUGAGAGUGGAAGCAGUAAGGUUACAGGAGUGAACCCAGUGGGAAUGGAGGAAGCAAGUGUGAAAAUGGAAGAGGAAGGAACAAACAAGGGUGGGGCGGACCAGUUUCCCUCCGGAGAUCGAAACAUGUUCACGGCGGCAGCUUCGUCGAGCGCGGGAAGGUGGCGGACGGCGUUUCUUUCUCUGAGGGACGAAAUCGUAACGACUCCACCGCCGCCGGUUCCUCUGUUGCUCCAGGAUCUACUCUUCUCUCAAUCCCAUUCCCUUGUCUCUGCCGUCUCUCACCUCCCACCGCACGAGCUCACUUCCGAUUGCUUGUUCCUGCUCGAUUUGGUUUCCAAAGCUGAUGGUCCUGACUGGAUCCCUGUCUCUCGUCAUACUUGUCAACUAAUUCACGAUGUUUGUGCUCGUCUACUUUUCCAACUAAAUUCUUCGUCAUGGCCGUUCCUUCUUCACUCUUUUGCUUCUGUCUUGGAGUUUCUUCUUCGCCAACCCAUGCCUUCUUCACCCUAUUCCACUGCAUAUUUCUCCAGAAUCGAACCUGUGUUCCAAUGCUUCGAGACUCUAAGACGUUUGGCCGCUAUGCAUCCGGAGAACAUUCAUCUUGUCAAGUUUCUUCUGCGCAUAAUUCCUUUAUUACACCAGGAUUUAGUUUUAUCGUAUGGUUUCUCAAAUCAAAACCCUCCUCCUACUUUAGAUCUGGAAAAGAAACUGCCUCAACAGAAUAGCUUAUGGGAUUCCAUGGCUCUUGCCUUUGACAUGUUUGGUAGAGCAUUUUCUGUAUCUGAGUCUUUGUUUCCUACUGACCUCUGCCAAUGCUCGCUAGAGGUUCUAAGGAAAGUAAUGGACGUCCUAGCAUCUAAGGGCCAGCUUGUCGAAAACCGAUUUAUGUGGAGAUUUUAUUCAUGCCUUCUAGGCUGUGCGCACGAGGUCCUUACAAAUAUCAAAUGUCCUGUUUCUGAUCACGUCUUAAGUUUCAUAGCGGCAUUGAGAAUGUUUUUCUGUUUUGGACUUACUGGCCCACCUCAGUUAUCUCAUUCUGAUGUUGUUCACAAAGAUAAGCAUUUGAAUGUCAAGCUUUCUACAUUGAUUUCUGGAGUAAGUAAGAAUGCCAAGAAUACUCCUUAUAGGCCACCCCACUUGCGCAAGAGGGAUGAUCUGAACACUAAGCAGCCAGUGUCUUGUGACUGGCGGCGCCUGUCUGCUCAUGAUUCUUGUAGUUCUGAUGUUAUAUCAUCAGAUUCUGAUUUUAGUGACAGUGACGGUUCCGUACCGGAUUCUUAUUUUGCCCAAAGCUCGAAGGUUAGAAUAGCUGCAAUUGUUUGCAUACAGGAUCUUUGCCAGGCUGAUUCAAAGUCAUUUACCACUCAGUGGGUGACUCUCUUUCCAACAAGUGAUGUACUCAAGCCAAGGAAGUUUGAAGCUACUCUAAUGACCUGCUUGCUUUUUGAUCCUCAUUUGAAGGUAAGGAUUGCAUCUGCGUCAGCUCUUGCCACCAUGAUGGAUGGGCCUUCAUCUAUUUUCCUUCAAGUGGCAGAGUACAAGGAAUCUACCAAAUAUGGAUCAUUUAUGCCCCUCUCCAAUUCCCUUGGUCUAAUAUUAAUGCAACUCCACACAGGCAUUCUACAUUUGAUUCACAGUGAUAAUCAUGAUAGAUUGUUGAUUCAGCUGUUCAAGAUCCUCUUGCUUCUGAUAUCAAGCACACCUUACUCGAGAAUGCCGGGAGAAUUGCUGCCAAAAGUUAUAAUGUCUCUGCAUGCUAGGAUUAAUGAGGGGUUUCCUUUCAAAAAUGAUAAAACUGGUCUGCUGGUUGCCGCAAUAGGUUGCCUGACAGCUGCAUUUUCCACCUUUCCUCCUCAAAUGAAAGUGCAUAAUAUGCUUUUGGAUGAGACAUCAGCAGGAUUCGAUGGAUGUGAAUGGAAUUCAGGAGUUCUUUCUACUUUAUUUCGUUUUGCUGAGCAAUUUGCUGACGCAUCAACAUGCAUUGAGGCUCUUCAGGUCCUCCGAGCUGUGGCUCUCAAUUACCCAACCUUAGUGCCUGCAUAUUGGGAACGGGUCUCUGUCCUCGUGUAUAAACUUUUGCAGUCUGCUGUUGUUGAAGAUUCUCCAACGACAUGGAAGGCUUCAGUUAGAGAGUCUGUUGGAUAUAAUGGGGAUAAAGUCCUUACAGCUGCUAUUAAGGUUUUGGAUGGAUGCCUUCGCGCAAUAUCUGGAUUUAAGGGAACAGAAGAUCUUCAGUACGAUAGAUUAAUGGAUACACCAUUUACAUCUGACUGCAUAAGGUCAAUAAGAAUCUCAUCUGCACCAUCAUAUGGAUUUGAUAAUACCCAAGAGCCAAUCUUUCAGGCAGGAUGUGACCAAUGGUCUGAGGCUAUUCGUAAACAUAUAGUUCUGGUGUUACACCAUGGUUCUGCAGUGGUGAGGAGCACUACAGUUACUUGCUUUGCUGGUAUAACAUCCUCCAUAUUUGCCGCUUUCAGUAAGCAGGAAAAGGACUUUAUUACUUCAUCAAUUAUAACCGCUGCAUUGCAUGACAAAACACCUUCAGUCCGAUCAGCAGCUUGCCGCGCUAUUGGUGUAAUUUCAUGUUUUCCAGAAACUUCUAUAAGUGCGGAGAUAUAUGAAAAAUUUAUCAUAGCUGUUGAAGCUAAUACCCGCGACUCCUUGACCUCGGUGCGUAUAACAGCAUCAUGGGCCUUGGCCAAUGUAUGCGAUGCUCUACGAUACCGCGUCGAUGAUAGAUCCUUUGAAGGAUUAAAGACAACUUCACAAGUUGUGGAUGCACUAAUAGAAUGUGCUUUGCGCCUAACUGAGGAUGGGGACAAGGUUAAAUCCAAUGCAGUUCGGGCACUGGGGAGUAUUUCAAAAUAUGUAAACUUGAGAUGCAUGACAAGUAUAAAGUCAGUGGACCAAGAUGUAUUACCUUUUCCCCAUCAACAUUCAUCAAAUUCCCACCAUCUAUCCUGCGCGGGAGAUACAAGGUGGUUGGAGAGAACCGUUCAGGCAUUUCUUUCCUGUGUUACUACUGGUAAUGUUAAGGUUCAAUGGAAUGUUUGUCAUGCGUUGAGCAAUUUAUUCUCCAAUGAGACAGUAAAACUGCAAGAUAUGGAUUGGGCUCCAAGUGUUUUUAGUAUCUUACUAUUGCUGCUUCGUGAUGCAUCAAACUUUAAGAUUAGAAUCCAAGCUGCUGCCGCUUUAGCUGUCCCAGCAACCCCACUUGCUUAUGGGAGAUCAUUCCCUGAUGUUGUCAAAGGUGUAGAGCAUACUUUACAAAGUCUGCAUUCUGACAGAGAGACGACUCCAACAAAUUUUAAAUAUAAGAGAUCGCUUGAGAAUCAGUUAACCUCAACCAUGCUGCAUCUCCUGAGCCUAGUUUCAAGCUGUCAUUUCGAAGCGUUGACUGAUUUUCUUAUAAGAAAAGCCUCUUUUCUAGAGGAGUGGUUGAGAGGAUUGUGUGUGACAUUGAAGGAGGAAGAUAAUGUGUCUGGAUCAAGCGGCACAAGCACUUCGGGUGGGAAGCUGAAGAAAGAGUUGAUCACUAGAGCUAUACGGUCGCUUGCCAGAAGCUUGCGGGCUGGACAUAGCUCUGAAAUGGCUCUAAAGUUGCAGGAGUUAGAGAGCAAUGAAUUGACUGAGCAAGCAAUGCUUCUCGAUCGGGUUAACUUGGCUCUGUAAUUUCUAGCUCAAGUGACUGUAAACAAUUCAAUACAUGUACAUUAGCUCCCAUGACAAAUUUUGCUAAAAGAAUCAGAAUGAAAUUGGCGGAUAUAU